AUGACUGCAUCAUGGAUAGUGAAAAUGCGGGAGAAACGGAGAAGAAAAAAAGCUGCCAAAAAAGCCCUUAAGAAUAAGUCUGGUCUUAAAGAGUCGAAACUGAAAUCGGACUUUUGUUGUAAUUUUCCAGAAAAAGUUAACUGUGCAACCAUGUUUGAUCCUCUCGAUCAACCAAUAUUUCAGACUGCUCGAGCUGAUUCAAUAUCUAUGUCAUCCUCAGCAUCAUUUUCGCCACCCAUCGACUUGGAUCGAGCUGCUUCUCCUCCCGAUGACCUUCCCGGUUUGGGUAAAAAUAUUUCUAUCAAUUCCCGACAACCAAUAGCUGCUACCUGA